CGACAGCGACGAGUAAUAUUGAAAAGCCGAAGGGAAUGCGAGGCGAGCCGAGUCCUGCCGAAGCGUGUCCGUGACGUUAUGCUGGAGCAGAAGAGAUAAGACGGUGAAAAGAAGCGACAGCUCUGUUUCCUGGUGUGUCGAGAGAACUGUUUGCGAAUUUUAUCGAGCCACGCGUAUCCCAAAAUGUCGUACGCGUACCUCUUCAAGUAUAUCAUUAUUGGAGACACAGGAGUUGGAAAAUCCUGUCUUCUUCUUCAGUUUACGGAUAAGAGAUUUCAGCCAGUCCAUGACUUGACAAUAGGAGUUGAGUUUGGAGCUCGUAUGAUUACCAUUGAUAGCAAGCAAAUUAAACUCCAGAUAUGGGAUACUGCAGGUCAAGAGGCAUUCCGUUCUAUAACAAGGUCAUAUUACCGUGGAGCGGCUGGAGCUCUAUUGGUAUAUGACAUUACACGUAGGGAAACCUUUAGUCAUCUUACAACUUGGCUUGAAGAUGCAAGGCAACAUUCAAAUUCCAAUAUGGUUAUCAUGUUGAUUGGUAACAAGAGCGACUUGGAAAACCGAAGAGAAGUCAGGAGAGAAGAAGGUGAAGCUUUUGCACGGGAACAUGGUCUAGUCUUUAUGGAGACCAGUGCCAAAACUGCAGCCAAUGUAGAAGAAGCAUUCAUUAAUACAGCAAAAGAGAUAUAUGAAAAGAUACAGGAAGGAGUCUUUGACAUCAAUAACGAGGCAAAUGGUAUUAAGAUUGGACCACAACAUUCGCCGACAAGUCCCGGAGGUUUACCAGGUACUGGUGGACAAGGUAGUGCGCAAGGUGGUGGGUGCUGCUAGGGGCUGGGGCUUAUCUGUCCACCGCUUCAUCCUUCUGCGAUCUGAAUUGACCCUUUACUCCUGCUCUUCGUUUUAAUCUGAACACUUUGUACAAUUUAGUUGUGCGUAUGCCGUAUCAUGAGCGAGCUUGUCUCCCACUUUAUGCAGCACGACAUGAGAUCAUUAUGUUAAGUAAUAUUAAUUAUAUCGAGAGUGAUAAAGCGGGAAAGGACAGGCACUUCUAUUUAAACUAUUUUAUAUUCGUUUAAUAUAUAUUGUGUAUCGUAAUAUAAUGUGCACUAACGAUCAAAAUUCUAUUCUAUUAAUAGUGGCUCACGGACGCUGAUAUAUACAUCAGUUAAUCUGAUUUUACAUAAAAACAUGAUUUACACCUAAUUACCUAAAACAACACUAUAUAUAUAUAUAUGUAUAUGUAUGUAUGUAUUGAUAUAUAAGAUGACAAUUAUAUGAAACAUAUAUUAAUCAAUACCAUCGAGGGGGAGGCCUAUUUAACCAGAUUUAUAUUCUAUAUAAGGAUACGCAAUAGAGAAAUAUUAUUAUAUUGCACAUAUUGACAAUUGGUAUCAUUAUUUAUGGUACUUAUUGUGGUAUGUUCUCCUGAAUAUGGAGACAUUAUCGCGUGUUAUGAUAAAGAAUGAAUAAAAAAACAAUUUUUACCAUUUAUAUUAUAGUAAAGCUAUAUAUGACACAAAAUCCAUUAGUGUUAUGUUUUAGACCAUAGAUAAUGAUACCGAUACAGAUAUAGGCAGUGAUAACGAUUUAACCUGUGUUCCAUCAAGAUCCAAAAAGCUCAUUGUAUUUGAACGAAUAUUUUUUUCUUCAUUUCAAGAAUAACUACGGAUAAUGCAGAAUUUACAAAAACACGAAAUAUAUUCUAAUAUCUAGUAGUGCAUGUUGUUAUAUUUAUUAAAGGAUUUGUCAGCUGUGGAGAGCAAGGAAAUUAUAUAUUAAUACUAAUGUUUCUCGGUACAAUUACGAGGGAAGCGCAUCUAUAAGCAUAACGAUAUUAUAAUUAGUACAAAUUGGCUUCUUGAGCAUUAUUGUAUAAUCAAAUGUUACAAUAUCUCCUAUUAUGAAGCCUACAUCUUGAUCAUUGUACCAAAGAAUGUGUCAGCAUUGUUGUAUACUUCUUUGCGCGUGCUUAUAUGUUGUAAUAAUUAAAUCAUAUGCUUUCAGAAAAUUACAUUUAAAUACAUUUGAUUUAACAUAUUCUAGCGAUUGUUCUACGCACAGUCAAAGCUAAUUGACGGCUUGUGAUGUAUUUUGUAUGUAUGAAUGCGUUCGGCAUUUCUUCAAUCGGAAAUAUAUAUGUGCACAUUA